GCCACAGAUUGGGGGAGAAUCAUGUUUUGGACGGUAUCAGGCGUAUUCAUUACCAGGCUAAUUCAUUACCGGUAAAAUCGGCGUAUUCAUGACCAGUAUAUUAUUAUAGGGUUGAUUGGUCGGUAUAUAAAGGUGCUAAUUAGUACUCAUCAGUGCCAAUGUCUAUGGGUGUUAAUUAAUCAAUUAAGACAAGACAAUAGAAGGAUUAACAAGGUUUUCUCCUAUAGAAUUCUAAAAUGAGUAAUGAAAGUGAAAACCUAAACCCUACAGGUAUAAAGAACCAAGAGGAUAAAUCUGAUUCUUCAGAUAAUUUGCACACAGUCCUGGACAAUGUUCACAAUGGUGCUUCAAACGUUUCUCAGGACAAAGUUGUCUCAUCAUUUGCAGCAAGUGAAAUGGAAUCAAAAAUCAAUGAUGAAAAUAUAAACACAGGUGGGGGUGAUACAGGUGAACAAACUGCAGAGACACAAUCAGAAAUAAGUUACACAUCAAAUGUGAGCAAUUGGGGCAAACAUGGAGGACCGAUUGAUGGUGGUGGUGACAAAUUAAAUGGAGACAUAAGCAGCAAUAAUGUAAAUGAACACGGUGCCAAGGAAAAUGAAGAAGCAGAGUAUAUAGACAUUCUAGGAAAUCGGUUACUGCAAAAAAAGGUAUUGGUUAAAGGUAAAGGAAAAGAUACAAGACCAUUAAAUGGUGAUGUUGUUACUUUAAAUAUAGAAGGUUAUUUAACAGAUGGUACAGCAGUAGAUAAAUAUAAUUCUUUCUCUUUUUACCUUGGUGAAGGGGAUGUUAUACAAGCCUGGGAUUUGGCUGUAUCGCUAAUGGAAAUAGGAGAAACAUGUGAAGUAGUAACAGGCGCUAAAUAUGCUUAUGGUGAAAAAGGCAGAGAACCAGAUAUUCCAGUAAAUAGUGAGAUUACCUAUACGUUGGAAUUAUUAAAACAUGAAGAUAAACCAGAUUUAGAUAAAAUAUCCAAGCAAGAAAAACUUCAUAUGGGAGAAAAGAAAAGGGAAAGAGGUAAUUUUCUUUUUGCAAGACAAGAUUAUACUGGUGCUAUUAAUUCUUAUACAAAAGCUGUGAAAAUAUUAGAUCAUCCAGGAAGCAACAUGAAUUCCGAACCAUCUUUACUGCAAGAAAUAUUAGAUAGUAAAAUUAAAUGUUGUAAUAAUUUAGCAGCUUGCCAACUAAAGGUAGAAGCAUAUGAUGCUGUUAUACGUUCCUGUCAAAUGGUCUUAAUUUCACAACCAGACAAUGUAAAAGCAUUAUUUAGACUUGGAAAGGCAUAUUCAGCAAAGGGUAGCACUAAUGAAGCUAUAUCAAAUUUUAAAAAGGCCUUAAAAAAAGAGCCAGAAUCUAAGAUUAUCCAUCAAGAGCUGUCAAAACUCACGAAAAAGUUAAAAUCAGAAACUGAUUCAGAAAAAGAAAUGUAUAGAAGAAUGUUAGGGACGAAUAACUCUAAAAACUCUAACAAUAAAAAACCCAAUUCAUGGUGGAUUAAAUGGACUUUGUUGGCUGGUGGAUUAGCUGUUGCAGGAGUGUCUAUUAUUUUAGCAGUGUAUAGAAAUCAUUAAUAGUUACUGGAUACAAGUUAUUAAUUGUAUUUAAUAAUUAUACCAUUGUUGAAUUUGAUCAAUCUGAUUAAAUCACAGAUCCUGCUUCGUUUCGUUUGUUUUGUAGUUCACAGUUUUGUUUUACUUGUCUUUACUACACUAGGAUCUGGAAGAGUUGUUAUCAUUGACGUGUUCUGGAUGAUGUGAGGGAUUAGCCAAUGAAACGGUCUGUUACGGCAAACUUUUGGUGUGUGGUGCACGGAACUGUGGGUAAUCCACUAGAAACAUCAAAGCUGAUUAGUUAAUCAAAUGUCUGAUGUCAUAGGGUCAAAAGCCACUCAGGUGACCUCUGACGCAACCUCGCAAGACAACUGGUCAGAUCUUCAUGUAGUGUAGGCCAUCGAAAGUAUAAAAAAAACGAAACGCAAUAUAGAUCUGUAAUUUAAUCAGAUUGGAAAUUGAUCAAACUGUAGCAUCAAUAUCUUGUGAAAACAAACUUAAACCCUAUUCACUACUGUGAAACUUAAAGAUUCAUUUUCACUGAAAGUAUUAAAUUCUUAAUUAUUUUUUAUAAUUUACACAAAAAAAAAAAUUCAUAAAAUUGAUUGUAGCUUAAAGAUUAAGUAUGAAUUAUCAGUAUAUUUGUAGAUUACAUAUAUAUUAAUAUUCAUCCUAUAUAUUUGUAUGCUUUUUAAUUGAAAUUUCAGUCAAAUACGAAAGGGACCAAUGAGUUAUACUGAUAAUUAUUUCUAGAUAUCUUGAUGAUAUUUUUAAAGGUAAAAAGAUUGAUCUUAAUUUUAAUAUUUGAAGUUAGUCGUAGUUUCAAAACUGGUCUUGCAGAACCUUUCUCUAAGAAUAAGGUAGCUUUAUUAUCAGAUAAUAUGAAAUAUUAGUUCCCCACUCAAGAAGAGACAAUUCUAUGAUGUUAGAAAGAGAUUUAGUUAUGUAUGUAUAUAGCAGUGUAAAUAUAGGAAGAAAGUUGCGUUGUAUGUGUGUAGAAAUACAAAUAAGACAAGCCACCUGUUAAUGUAUGUUUUUAUGUUCAGAAAAUGGAAUUAAAUUUACCCACUGAAAAAUUGAUGAGUUAUCUAAUUUAAAUGUUGUAGUAGAUGUAUUUAUUGCAGGUUUUUUCCUGUUUUGAUCAUUGUAUUUCGGUUACAAAUUCACUCACAGAUCUGUUAAAUUUCCAUAACUACAGCAAGAAUAGUGUCUUUAACAAUGUCUGUCAUCAUUCUCCUGGGAGGCUAAUUAACCAUACAUGUAGUUAAUAUUUGAACAUUUACAAAAUGUAUUGUGCAAAGAAACAUGGGGAUUUAAUACAGUGUAAAGUUCAGUGAGGUGGAAUGGAAUAUCUGGUUUUUUUAAAUUUCUUUAGAUAUGAUAAUUUAUCAAAUAUACAUUUACAUAUUCUACCAUUGCUUGAAUAAUAUUGCUACUAUUCAUUUUGUUUUCGAAUUGUUUUGAAAAAGAUCAUAAUAUUUAGAUUAUAAUGUAUGUUUUUUCGGGUGAGAAAUGCGGACAUUGGCAGUGCCAUAUUAUGUUUUUUUAUGAAUUUACAUUGCAAUAAACUGUGAAGUUACUGACAAAUAUGAUGAUCAUCAUUAGUAUAUAUUUACUGGGUGUAUAUUCCUACCUACUGGAUAGAUAAAAACUAAUAUAUUAUGUUUCUAGAGUAUAGUUCUUUUAUAUUAUGAAGAUAUGCCAUUUAAAAUGGGAGACAUCAUACUAUCAUAAGAACCUUGAUUGUUACAAAUGAAAUGAAGACGGGCAUACGCCACACAGAGUGCUAAGAGGGAAAUUUUGCCCGGGCAGCGGCACUAUAGCCUGCUCUUAUAUCGAAUUCCAACUGCCAAGGGAUCUUUUACGUGCACUCCAAUGUAUAAAUGAGACCUCAGUUUUUUUGUCCCAUCCGAACGACUAGACAGCUGUCCUUGUCAGGCCCUCCGUCCUGCACCACUGACGAGGGGAAACGACAUUGGAAAAUCCUGAUAAACUUUCUCGGCUACUACAGGGAUCGAACACGCGACCUCCAGGCUAGCGAGCCAGUGUCUUACCUACUUAGCCACCGUGCCCCCCUUGGUUGUUACACUAAGCAAUAAUUAUUAUAAAUUAUUAUUUAUUGAUUCAUUUUGACAGAAAUCAAAUCAAAUCAGUAAUUUAAUGGAUUAUGUUUGAUCAGAAGAUUAAACUACAUUGUUUAUUUUGAAUAUGUUUCUGGUGAUCUUAAAGAUAUCAGUAUUUAUAUGUCUUUGAUAAUAAAUUUCAGAAUAUUUAUAUUA